GUAUAAAUCUUCGACUUCCGGUUACCCAAAGCCGCCAGAAAAAGAAGAAGAUGCGAGUUGUUAUGAACAGACUAUCCCGAGCUCUCUGGGAUUUCAAGAGAGAUUCUUCUUCCACAAAGAUGUCAAGAGCUCUUUCCACUUGCAUUCAAUCCAAACAGUGGCUUCCCUCGCCGUAUCGCGAAUCUCGGGAUUCUCUCUUUACUUCGCCUUGGUCCGCCACUCAACUCCGCGGUGCCAAAUCUCGCGGUGCCGAUUUGAAGCCAGGAAACGUGAUUGAAAAAAAAGGAAGGAUUUAUCAGGUGGUAAAGGCACAACACACAACCCAAGGAAGAGGAGGAGCUAUUAUACAGGUGGAACUUCGUGAUGUUGAUAGUGGAAGCAAGUCCAAUGAAAGAUUUCGUACGGAUGAAACUGUUGAAAGAGUAUUUGUUGCAGAAAAGAGUUUCACGUAUCUUUAUACAGAUGAGGAAACUGGAAACAUUGUGCUAAUGGAGCCUGAGACCUAUGAGCAACUAGAUGUGCCAAAACACUUGUUUGGUGAAUGUUAUGUCUAUCUUCAAGAUGACAUGAAAGUCAAUGUACAACUUUAUAAUGAAAGAGCAACGUCUGCAUCAAUUCCUACACGAGUAACAUGUACUGUUGCUGAAUCCGAAAUUCCCAUGAGGGCAUCAGCUACUCCACAGUAUAAGAAGGUUUUGUUGGACAAUGGUCUUACUGUGCAGGUACCGAAACAUAUCGUAGAAGGAGACAAGAUUAUUGUUAGCACCAUUGACCACACUUACAUGAGCAGGUGA